AUGCUAGAGUAUAUUGAUGUCAGCGAUAACCAAAUUAAUGAUUCAUUUCCCUGCUGGUUGAGAACUCUUCCUGAGCUGAAAGUUGUUGCUUUACUUAAUAAUCAUUUGUAUGGAUCCAUAAGGUGCCCUACAACAUUCACAUUUCCCAAACUGCAUAUCAUUGAUCUUUCCCGUAAUCAGUUGUCUGGAAGUUUGUCUUCAAAAGCAAUCCAGAAUUGCAAAUCAAUGAAGGCUCUUGUUUUGCUCAACCUUUCAAACAACAUGCUAUUUGGCAGCAUUCCUUCUUUAGGGAAGCUUUCAAACCUUGAAGUUUUGGACCUUUCUCUAAAUAGUCAUAUACCUCAAAAUAAGCAGUUUGCUACAUUCCCGCAUAGUUCAUUUGAGGGUAACCAAGAAUUGUGUGUCAAUCCAUUAGUCAGUAAAUGUGAGUAUGAUGGAGGGUCUCUAUUUGCUCCUGGAACCCUUCCAGAGCUUCAGGUUGUUGCUAUGGGUGAUAAUAAUUUGUAUGGAUCUAUAAGGGAUGGUCAUGGAUAUGCAAAGCUCCAAGAGUUUUACUACUUGAUAGCAAAAGCAAUCAAUGGUUCAAGUAAUAAAUUCUAUGCGGAUGGAGAGAUUCCGGAUGUCAUCGGAGACUUGCAAGCCUGUUUUGCUCAACCUAUCCAACAACAGUGA